GAUCCUCCCUUCGUUUCAGGGACAUAUGCGCCUAAUAUGGGCAACAGAGGAAGUCGGCGCACCGUGCUCGGUAAACUUGGAAUCGGAUUUACAUACUCAUCAUGUCGUUAUUAGGAUGUACCUGCCCGUCCAGUCGGUGCAGAGCUCGCUGUGCGAAAGUGUAAGUGGCGCCUGGGAUUUUAUUUCCUACCUGGGGACUCUGCAUGAGAGUCAAAAUGAGAAUCGCGUCCUUUAAGCGGCCGGUCAUCAUAUUGGUGGGGCUGGGGUUCGUCCUUUACGCGGGCAUGUUCCUGAGUAGCGGGUAUGUGCAUAGAUCGGAGACUAACACGGGUCUGGACCCAUCACGUUUUUCUGACGUGGAGGAAGGCAUCAGAAAUAUCCACAAAGUGCUAAGAGAUUUCGAGCAAAAGCAGGAGGCCAUGCACAAGAUGCUCGACGAUGAAAGACGAGCAAAAGCUGCAGCUGUCCAACAACCAGCCGUCCAGAAGGAGCCAGAGGAGAAACAGGCAAAUAUCCAGCCCCAUGAAGACGCUCCGGCAGAGAAAAAAUCUGGGAAACUGUUUCCUGACUCAGCCCUGUUCAAGGAGUGGGGGGAGAACCUGCCAGAGGAUGAGCAAAGAGAGGCACAGGGUCUGUUUGAGAAGUAUGGAUAUAAUGUUUUUCUCAGCGAUCGCCUCCCUCUUAAUCGAGCCCUUCCAGAUACCAGGGAUCCAAGGUGCUUGAAAAAGAAAUAUCCAGAAGAUCUUCCAAGUAUAGGAGUGGUGUUGAUCUAUCUCGAUGAAGCCCUGUCCAUCCUGAAAAGAGCCCUGCGCAGCAUCAUAGACCGCACCCCGAAACACCUGCUGAAGGAGAUAAUAAUGGUGGACGAUAACAGCUCUAAUGAGGACCUAAAGGAGAACCUCGAUAAUUACGUGAAGUCCCUUGAGGAGCAGAACCCAACUCUCAAAAUUACGAGAGUGAGGCACAAUACGCAGCAAGGUCUCGCCUUCGCCAGAGCCUCUGGGUGGAGGGCUGCCACCGCUGACGUGGUGGCCAUCUUGGACGCACACAUUGAAGUCUACGAGAUGUGGGCUGAACCACUGCUGACGCAGAUCAAAGCCGACCGAACUGUGGUGGCUUCUCCUGUGUUUGACAGAAUCAACUUUGACGAUAUGAAGAUUGUUGAAUACGUUUCAUCAGCUCACGCCUUUGACUGGGCCUUGUGGUGCAUGUACGAGGGGUUUAUGCCCGAGUAUUACAAACUCAACGACAGUUCAUUGCCAGGAAAGAGUCCAUCCGUCAUGGGGAUCAUGGUUGGUGAUAGAAAAUAUCUGGGAGAAAUUGGAGUCCUCGAUGAAGGCAUGAAAGUGUACGGUGGAGAAAAUGUUGAGCUGGGAAUACGUGUGUGGACAUGUGGAGGCAGUAUCGAAAUCGUUCCAUGCUCCAAGAUCGCCCACAUUGAGAGGAACCACAAGCCCUACAUGCCUGACCUGGCUCCCGCCAUGAAAAGAAAUGCCCUGAGGGUGGCAGAGGUCUGGAUGGAUGAUUAUAAGCACAACGUCAACUUGGCUUGGAACCUGCCAUUUGAGAAUCAUGGAAUUGACAUAGGUGAUGUAUCAGAGAGGAAGAAACUCAGAAAAAGGCUGAACUGCAAACCUUUUAAAUGGUACCUGGAUAAUGUGUAUCCUAAGUUGGAUCCCUGGGACAACAUACUUGCCUAUGGAGGGAUGAAGAACCUUGAUGCUAAUAUGUGCUUAGACCAAGGUCCUGUACCUGGUCACACACCCAUUGCCUACAAUUGCCACUACUAUGGACCUCAAGUCACGUAUUACAGAGGAAAUGGUGAGCUGUACAUUGGCGGCCUCAAGUCCCACAAGUACAAUGACAACCGGUGUAUAACUGACAUGGGAAACAAAGAAACCGAGCCUGGCCUGUUCAACUGCAAAGAAGCUAUGCAGAAAGGGAUGGGAAUAUACUGGGACUUCAGUCAGGGGAAAGAGAUAAAGAACAGGCAGACGAAGAGAUGCCUGGAAAUAAAGGACCAAAAACUGAUAAUACAGGAAUGCUCUGGCCAAAGAUGGGAGAUCCAAAAUGUAAUCAAACCAUUUUAAAGCCAUGUGUAGUAGACCAACAAGAAAUGCAUUUCUGCUCAAUAUGUCAGUGAGCACCUAGAUGAAGAAAAUAAAAAAACGCACCAUUUGUAGGCGAGGAAAAAUUAGCGGGAAUGAGUGUAAUGAUUAUUAUUUAUUUUCCGCUUCUUUUUUUUUCUUUUUUUUGGAAUAACUACUUAGUUUAACAUAUUUAAAACCGAAAGACGACUAAGUACAAAUGAUGUUAAAGCUACUCUAUGUGUGCAUGGUGGUUUUACAGUAGAAGAACUGGCUGGACCAUCCUUUCUAUCUUUAGAAAUACCUGUUAGGAAACAUGAUUGUGAAUAGAUACUAGAUACCUAGAUACUAUUAUUGUUCAUAUUGUUGUUAAUGAAUAUUAGAUAAAGUUGAGUUUUGGUGGGACAUUUGCCAAAUUAGGUUGUUUGAAAAACUAAACGGUACCUUAAUUCGUCUGUUUCUGUGUGUAUUAUAAUAUGAAAAAGGGCAAGUGAAGGUAUAAAACAGAAGUGCAACUAUUGCAGUACAGGCUGUACGAGUCAUGAAGGUCACAUUCACGAUCGAGUGUGGUCACUCUGGGUAUGCACAGCAUUGUUGGCUGAUUUAUUGUGUAAUGAUAACAAAAGAUGGCGUUUUUCAAUACUACUGGUUGAACAGGUUUUUAUUCAGGCUUUUGUGACCGUGGGACUUUGUUUGAAUGUACUGAUUUGAUUUUUCAAUGCCUUUUCAAUGCCUUAUUUACUUUUUAUAAAAAGGCUUGAGGGCAGCUUAUGACUCACACAUUUUUGCUGUGCAGUUGAUUAAUAUGUGUGUUGUAAUGGUUAAUUAUUUUCUGGGUAUGCUAGAUUUUUUUGUGUCUUCUUACAUGGUGUAGUCUUAGACACCUCUGUGCCAAGAAAAUAAAGAUGUAUUUUGAACUUUAUUCAAAAAUGUACAGGGGGUGGUGCAGCACUCAGGUUUUAUUUUUUACAUGUGUAGCCUCCGUGGGGGUCUAUAUGAAACGUCAUCUAAUUUCAUUUUUGAAAUAAAACAAAUUAAGAAAGUA